AGUAAAAUCAUCUUGUCGAUCUCUUUUUAUAGGAAAAGUUUCAUAAAAUUACACCAACAUGAGUGUAUAUCUUUAGGAACAAGUGUGGAGGGUGUUAUAGGCAAUUCAACAAAAAGGAGCACUUGGUGGAACACAUGAGGAUCUCUUAUCAUUCGGUUCAUGAACCUACUUGUGGUAUUUGCAACAAACAUUGCCGAUCUUUUGACUCCCUCCGUGAACAUCUCAUUGGGCCAUUGCCGAAACAAGAAUGUAAGAACAUUUUCAGCAUCUGCGGCUGCAGAUUCUGUCUUACCAUCCUCGAAAGCCCCAACGCUCGUAGGAUCCAUCAAGAGAGAUGCCAGCUCUCAAACGUCAAUUCUGGAUUAGUGACUCGUAUGGCGGCCUUAGGCCUAAGAGACAACCCUACAAUCGACUACAUGUCUUCAAGGUCACCUCGAGUGGUCGCACUCUCAUGCAAGAUGGUUGGAGGAGGCAGUGACGGAUCACUUGACCUAUGCGGAAGGGUUUGCAUUACGGAUGAGAACGAAAACAUUUUAUUCCACACGUAUGUGAAGCCAACGAUACCUGUAACGAAUUAUAGGUAUGAGACGACAGGGAUACGACCUGAGAAUCUAAGGGACGCAAUGCCAUUGAAGCACGCACAGAGAAAGAUUCAAGAGUUUCUUUGUAAUGGAGAACCAAUGUGGAAGAUUCGUCCAAGAAAUGGGAAAGCAAGGAUUCUCGUCGGACAUGGACUUGAUAACCAUCUUGACUCUCUUCAACUUGAAUAUUCUUCCUCCAUGAUAAGGUAUGAUAUUCAUGUGGGAAUACAAGAUCCAUAUGAGGACUGCCUCGCGACAAUGAGGCUAUACACAAGAAUGCGAUAUCAGAAACACAGGGCCGAGGCCUAUCCGGUGGCCUCGGACACGCAGAACCGCAAUAACUUUGCGGCGUGGAGGCAGAAUGAACUAGAGAGGAUGUCUCCAGAGGAGUUGCUCGACCUUUCACGUUCAGACUAUUACUGCUGGUGCUUGGACUCGAAUGCUUGAAAAAGAAAGUUAUACUGAUGGU